AUGACGCAAUUGCCGAGAGAAGACUGGAAUCCGGCAGUUGGCCCUCUUGAAAGUCGGGCGUGGACACUUCAAGAACGUCUCCUUGCGCGACGAUUUAUUUCAUUCAUGCCACGUGGUGUCACAUGGGCCUGCAACGAAAGUACGGUAGAUGAGAUAGGAUCUCACUUGAAGAUAGAGGGGCAACUACACUGGCUCCAGCUAUUAUCUGCGUAUACGAAGAGAUCUCUAACGUUUCCAUCGGAUCGUACAGAAGCUCUUAGAGGUAUUGCCGAAGACACCAAUUAUGCUAAGAAGGACCAUUACAUCCCGGAAUACGGUGUAUGGGAAAAGAGGCUUCCACUCCAGCUGCUUUGGUUUCGGGACCUUCCAGACGUCAAGGACGGCAAAACGCCUAAUCUGCCCUCUUGGAGCUGGGCCGCUACCGAAAGUAGUAAGAAGUGGCUCGAAGGAGAUAUGACCGGUCCAUACGACACAGGAUACGAAAAUGUUGAUAAGGCAGAAGAGAUGCCCACGCAACUACAGAUCACCCCUGCGGGCAAUAUUCACAUAGUCGGCCAUAUCAGUACCGUCCAUCCCGUUUCGGAAUACGUGCGCGAUGAGUUCACCGCCCAAGAUCUUAAGCUUGAGAAACUUGAAAGCAUCUAUCACUCGCCCACUAAGCUAGAUUUCCAUCUCCUCACACGGGACAUAGAUGGUACUUACGACAAGCUAGUACUAGGGAUUGCGCGAUUCGAUGAUGAUGAAAAGACGUCAUUCACACACGCAUGCUUUCUCAUCAAGCAGAAUGCGAACAGCAGGCGAUUGGUGGGCGGGAAGAUGCGCCCCAAGUCAGGUUUACGAAGGGAUUUCAUCGACGACGUAGUCUAUCACACGGAGCAGAACACGACGUGUUUGUACUGGGCGCUCCUCCUUGACAGUGUCGAUAAAAGCACAUUCAGGCGUGUGGGCAUCGCGACCUUCCUGCCUAUUGCGUACGGAGCUCUCAAUGUCGAGGUUCAAGAAUUCGACAUCAUCUAG